AUGAACCAGGCCAGCGUGGGCAGAUACAAGGUGCGGAAGCUGAUGAGAAGGCGAGAGAGCAUCAGCAUCGUGGUGGACACUUGUCCUGGAAGCACCAUGUCCAUCCCAGCUGUGCCCACUAUCUCCAUAUGUCCAAACAGUGACAGCUUCCGGAAAUCCAUUUGCUUGCCCAGUUCCUGCCAGAGCAGGACAUGGCAACUAGUCACCUGUCAAGAAAACCGUCAGCCAUCCAGCACUGUCCCAAGUGACUGUGUACCUGCUUCUUGCCGAACGACCUGCCUUCCAUCAACUUCUAGUGUGGGUUUUGCCUGCCAACCCCUUUGCUCUUUCCACAAAGCCUGCUGUGAAUCUGGCCCGGCUCAGUCCACUUGUUUGGCUAACUCCUGUCAGCCACCCUGCUCGGAAUCUGCUGGAUGUCAGAUCAAGGGUGGUGGUGCCAGCCUCUGCCAACAAGGUUCCUGCCAGGAACCUGUUUGUGUAUCCAGAUCCCACCAAGAAGCUUGCCACCAAUCAGUCUGCUUUGACACAAGAUCCUGCCAUCCCUCCUGCCCUGAGGUAACUCCCUGUCCUGAAACAUCAUGCCCGCCCACCAUCUGUGUGUCUGACCCAUGCCAACCCUCUUGCUGUCAAGCAAGUUCGUGUCGGCCCAUUGGUUGUGAAAGCCAGCCUUGCACCACUUAUUACCAACCUGUCUGCUACAUGUCUAAGCCUUGUCCAUCGGUUUCCGGCAUGUGUGUUCGCUGCCAGCCAUCGAUGUACGUGUUCAAUCCUUGCAGUCCUCUUUGCUGGGUGCCUUCCUCCUGGCACCUGCUUCCCUGCCAACCAGCGCCUCGCCCAUCUUUUAUCUGUCAGCCAGUGGCUAACUGUCAGCUCCCUUGUUCUGUAAAGAACCCUUGUAAAUCCGUUCCCGGUGGCACCAGGCUUCCUGGCAAAUCAAACGGUGGUGGGCCCCCUUCCUGCAACCCCAAUGCCUGCAAAUCCCCUCCCUGCCAACCAGCUUGCUGCGUGACAGGUUUAGGCAAAUCAUCCAGCGGUGUCUCCAAUGGCUUACCAGCACCUUCGACAAGCUUCUGCAAAGCGAAGGACCGUGUGCCGACUCCCUGCCAACCUGGCCCAGAGUGCAGCUUCCGGAAGGCCACACUUCACUGA